AGGAUUGACAGAGAGCGAACAGCGGAUGUCAACGCUUUGCGACAGUUAUCCGCUAUUUCCGUCACAAACACAUGCAGCAACGAAAACAUGAGAGGUCAAAAGUUAUGAUCGUAAUCUUUAACAGAGACGAGACGUAACACAUAAACAUGGCCAGUUCCAUGGUGGCUGUGGGACUGGCUCUGGCAGCAGUUGGAUAUGCAGGUCGCUAUGCCAUGAAGGCCAUGAAGCAGAUGGAGCCUCAGAUGAAAAUGGCUAUUCAGAGCUUCCCAAAAACAGCUUUUGGAGGAGGGUUCUAUAAAGGUGGAUUUGAUCCAAAGAUGUCCAAGAGAGAAGCUUCCCUGGUUUUAGGUGUCAGUCCCACAGCCAACAAGAUAAAGGUCAGAGAGGCACAUAGAAAACUGAUGACCCUGAACCAUCCAGAUAGAGGAGGAUCUCCCUACCUAGCAGCUAAGAUAAACGAAGCAAAGGAUUUUUUGGAUGCCGCGGGAAAGAAGUAGAGGAGAUGAAGUCAUAUUUUUCAUCCACACUGACUCACAUGAGCAAUACCAGACUUUUCUAACCGAUUGUUCUCAAAUAAAAUCACACUGUACAAAUCAUCAAUGCAAUUGUACUUAAAUAUUUCAUUGUAUUUUAGAUUUACUUUGAAUACUUUUCACUAAAUGUUUCUCAAAAGGAGGUCUUUUACACAAACGGGGACUUAAACUAUAUUUUAUUCAUCAUUCAAAUAAAAUAAACAUGGUCCAUCCCAAAGUGACCUUCUAUUUCUAGAAUAAAUUGCCAAAUAUAAAUAGUUACCACGAAUGGUUGAUCCUAUACCUGGGUUUGAAGCUACCGGUACUUAAAUAUAAUUUCAUGGGUAAAUCCUAAAAAGUGGAACAGUAUAAACAGGAACUCUUCAUGCUCCUCUAGAAAAAUGUAACAGUCUUAAUAUGUAAAUCAGUCAACUUUCACUCUUUCAGGUCCUAACUGAAUCAAACACCAUUUUGAAUUGUAUUUGUCCCAUAUUGCUUUUUUCAAAGAGUCAGACACAGUUGAGUUUUAGAUCUACAUGGAAGAUCGAGUUUAUUUAAGAACUACCUGCAUACAAAACAUAUUGCACAUCAACCAACCAGAAUGAUCCUUUAAAAAAACAAAACAUACUGUAGUUGACCCAAUAAAAACGCUUGGGAUGUCACAACUCUCAGUAGUCCAAAUUGUCAUUUGUCUCAAAAAAAACCUAGGUAACGCAUAUUUUAGUGUCAAGAAAAAGGAGAGCUUCUUUUUUUGCUUUUUUUUUUUUUUUAAAUACUGUACAUUUUAAAA